GACAGCUCCAGGCGCUAUCUGCAGUGGUGUAUCGCUCCUUGCACGCACCAGGGCCAUACAGCAACCUUUAGCCUGGAGACAACUGCAAUGUGGAUGAUGAGAUCUUAGACGCCAGAGCAGAGCGGGUGUUGUACGAGUAGCGCGCCCUGAAGAGAGCAUUGGAAGCUUGACCGAGGUUUCUCAAGGCAAGAUCCAUGUUCCUGGCCUAGCCACCAUCUUGAGGUGUUCUUACUUCUUAGUCUCGUCGGAUUUCGUCGCGCCCAUACGGACUGGUACAGUACGCGUGGAGCCAUGCGCCUCAGUGUCAAGACUCGAUGAGUUUGCGAGAACCGCGGGGGCAGGAUGGCCUAGGCGACACCAUGGCCGACGAACCAGAACUGGCUCCGGUUGAAAGCAGCGGCCACCGCUCCAGCUCAAGCGACGACGACGAGACGGUGAAGGGCGAUCGAGACGAGCAUCACAUUGCCGACACCCUCGACGAGGAGCCGCAGUCCGCUACGACCCCAAUGCCCGCUUCUGGCCCGAGCAUUGUCGCCCACCGCUAUCGAGAACCGGUAGACUCGGAACACGAAGCAGCCUCGGAAGAUGGCUCAACAACGGAGGCGAUGCCGCGGUUGGGAGAGAGUCCCUUAGGCUCUAUGCUCUGCAUCCCAGACGAUACGCCUUCGCUUCAGGGAUCCGUCGUGUCAUCCCCUGGCAGCAGUGUGCUGCCUUCGCUCGCCUCACGACCCGGUCUGGCGAGCCCGACGCCUUCCUUUAGACCCUUCGACCAGAGGUUUCAGUCUCGCAUCUCCUCGCCGCUUCUUUCCUCUCCCCGGCCCUCCUCUCCUGCUUUUCUAGCAGGCCAUGGCCGCAACCUGUCCGCGAGCAGUCAGCUGCUGCUCGAUCAAGGCGACACCGACACGCCAUCGCCACCAUGGGAAGCCGUGCGCUGGACCAAACUCAGGAAGCUCAAUGGCCAGGCUUUUUCCGAGGCUGCGAGGAGGAAUUUCGGCUCCCCAACCUGCUUGGCCGUUUCCGCCUCGAUAGUGCUGGGUACCUCGAAAGGGAUUAUCUUGGUGUUCGACUACAACCAGAAUCUCAAGAUGAUCAUCGGCCCGGGAACGAAAGCUGUUGAGUCGGGCGCUGUCACCGCGAUCGCAAUAUCUGCGGACCACACCACCAUUGCUGGAGGACACGCAAACGGCAACAUUUUUACUUGGGACACUUCUCGGCCUUCAAGACCCUUCCUCAGUAUCCUGCAUCUGGAUCCGUCACAUUUGCAGAAUAGGACGUCUGACGGCCACGUGCCGAAUGUUGCAAUCACCCACUUGGGCUUUUUGGGCACCCGCCACACUGCUCUUGUCUCCGCCGAUGACCGAGGAAUGGCCUUUUCCCAUCUCGCAACUCGAGGGACAGGAGCACUUGGCAGGACGGUAAGGACAGCAAGGAUAUUGGGACGAUACCCGGACUCGAAACCGCCCCCUGGGAAGACGCUGAAGCCUAGCACUGUCCUAGCGUUUGCUUCCUUACCGCUCGGCAAUGUCGAGAUGGCCACCGAUACGAUGGGACUCACAGCAAUGCUCACUCCAUAUUUACUAGUCAUCGUCUCCACUACCCCUAUCGCUCAGACUCAGCAUAAAUCCGCGCGGCCCAAGGAGGUUGCCGCGCACAGUGCCAUGACUGGAUGCCUGGCUUGGUUUCCCGGAGUCAAGCUAAAAGUGCCAGACCCCCUUACAGGAAGCCACAUGUCCAAGGUCAAGCUGGUCUACUGUUGGUCCAACGUCCUCACUGUCCUCGACGUUGACGAGAUACCCGCCGAGGAUAAGGACAAACCCCCAAGUCUGAGAUUCAGGGCGCGGAGUCGGUGGAAAUGCGAGGAAUCAAUAGUCGCCGUGCAAUGGUUGAGCCGGUCUGUCUUGGCCAUCUUAACCAUUUCUCAGCGGCUGAUUGUGCUCGAGGAUAGAAGCAUGCGCAUGACUGAAGCCUUCGAUCUUAUACACAAACACAUCUAUCAUGUUGACAGGUUCUCAAAGCAACUCGGUGCGCUCGUUGAAACCCUAGACGAGGAGGAUCCUUCAAUGCAUGGUGUCGUCGCCGAUGCUUUUUACAUGAGCUUCAAGACCUACAAGGGCCGACUUUUCCUCCUCGGAUUCAACGACAUAUCGAUUGGGGCUUUGUCCAACUGGGCAGACCGGCUCAUCGCCUUGAUGGAGAACGGCGACUAUGUCGGCGCUAUUCAACUAGCAACAUUGUAUUACACAGGCGACACCAACAAGCUCACAGUUGGACUGCCAGAGGACGCCGGGCUUAGGCAUUCCAUGGUCCAGGACAAGCUCAUGGAGAUCAUGAGAGCAUCCCUCAAAUACGCAUUUACCCGGAGGCGACAAGAUAGGGAAUCUGUUGACGAUGCCCACUUACACGAACUUGCAAAGACGUGUUUUGUCGCUUGUCAUAGCAUCGGAGAUACCGAUUUUCUCUUCGACGAGAUAUACAGUUGGUAUGAGGAUGCCGAAGUCGAAGGGAUUUUCCUUGAGAACCUGGAGCCUUAUAUUCUUGACGGGUCUAUCAACGCUAUCCCUCCGGUAGUUGUUAAAGCGAUGGUCAACCACUUCGUCAGCAGGGGCAUGGAGAGCCGGCUUGAGGAGAUGAUUUGCCACAUGGACACCGCCACCCUUGAUCUUGAUCAAAUCACGCUUCUCUGCAAGGAGCAUCGGUUAUACGAUGCUUUGAUCUACGUCUGGAACCAAGCCCUGAACGACUUCAUCACUCCGCUUCUCGACUUGCUUGCCCUCCUGGUACCCAUGACGCAAAAUGGCCAGCACACCGGUUCUGAGAGCCUAAUACAGGCCGAAAUCCACGGGGUAAACGCCCUGAAGAUAUUCCCAUAUCUCUCUUACAUCCUGACUGGACGCGUCUAUCCUACUGGCGACACGCUGCCCGAGGGUAUUGCCCAAAAGGCGAAAGCUGAGCUCUACUGGUUGCUAUUCUCGGGGAAGAGCAUCAUAUGGCCGAAAGGCAGCAACAAGCGGCUCCUUACAAAACCUAACCAAUCGCAAGAGCCGUCCUUCCCUUAUUUGCGGCUGAUUUUGGGGUUUGACGCCCCUAGCUUCUUGAGUGCACUCAACGAAGCAUUUGAGGACUCCGUUCUCAACGAUUCCCCCGAGAAAUCGACGAACGGCAGGUCUGGUCGAGAUUUGCCAGAGGAGCAGAUCUUUGGUCUGACAGUAGACCGGCAAUAUAUUGUCUCAAUUCUGAUGGAAAUCAUGAAUCCAUCUGAUUUUUCUCGCCAAGACAUCAUUUACCUGGAUAUGUUCAUUGCUAGGAACCUGCCAAAGUACCCACAGUACCUGCUGUUCCCCGGCUCAACCCUCACCAGAGUCCUCAUCGGGCUGUGCAACUAUCCCGGCCCAGACCUGGCCGAAGAUGCUCAGCUCAGCGCAGAAUAUCUCCUGUCGGUCUACCAUCCACCAGACAUUGCAGAGCUCAUACCCUUGCUCAAGAAAGCGGGUUUCUAUCGCAUCUUGAAACGCAUCUACCGAAUCGAUAAGCAUUACGGGAAGCUCGUUCAGGUCUAUUUUGAGGACCCAGACGAUCGGGAAGCCAUUUUCAACUGCAUCGAGUCCUGUCUGCGGCCGUCAACAGGUCUUACGCGGCGCCAGGUUGAAGAUGUCCAUCAGGUUAUCAAAGAACAUGCCAGUGAACUUGUGGAUCUCGAUCCUACUCAGGCAGCCAGAACCAUUGCCAGUCAGGCCCCGGAGCUGCAUCAACACAUGCUAGACUCAACCUCUGCCCAGCCCGAGCUGCAACAUGCUUACUUGAAAGCGAUCUUGGAGCCGGAAAAUGAAAUCACGCUUAACCGCACACCAGACAGAGCUUUGGUGGAACAGUAUCUGCGAUUGAUGUGCAGGUUUGAUCCGACACACGUAGCUGAAUACGUUGGCUUGGUCCAGUCCACCAACCUAAGUCUAGACGCACUGCUUCCAACGAUGGAAGAGACGGGGGUGGUCGACGCGGCUGUCAUUCUCAUGGCAAAGGAGGGUCAGGUUCAAGAGGCUAUGGGCCGGUUGAUCAAGCAUCUCGAGACUCUCGAGUCUGCUCUGCAGGGCCUCUUUACAGGAACGGCUUCCGAGGACGGCGCGGGCAAUUUGCGAGAGUCAGCCGAGAAUUUGAUGCAGGCCCUCAGAAAGUUCACUCUGGUGGGAAUCUGGCUGUGUCAGGGGCAGACUAAAACUGCUCGCCAGGCCAAGCCCAGCCGGCGAGGGCAGAAGUCGCCGCCUGACGGCACCCUCUCGGCUGAUGAGAAUCUUUGGCUCGAUCUGAUUGACACCUCGGUGCAAAUCACCCGGCGGCUGUCGUCUACCUUACAAGCGGCGCCAGAUCACGCAGCCUCAGGUUCGGCAGUAGCAACAGCAACAACAGAUGGAGACGCUGAGCCCAGCCCAACACUGUCCACCCAAGAUACGGAGAGACUUGUCGCUGUUCUCCGGGGCAACGUACAAAACACCUUCACGGCCCUUCUCACCUCCACCUCGGCCCUUCCGAGCGUCUCUUCCACCUCCUUGUCCACGACCGCCCUAGUCCCCACAACCGCAACCACCACCACCGCCGCCGCGACGACUGGAAUAGGGCGCAACCUCUCGUUCCUGCGCAUCCUGCGCGCGUUUCUCACGCGCGCGGCAGCCGCCUCGCCCAGUCUGGCCGACCUGCGGGCCGUGCUUGAGUCGUUGUUUUCGGCGUACGCCUACGAGGAGUCGAUCCUGCGCCUGGCGAACCGGCUGCUCGAGCGCAGCCUGUUUGUCAGCGUCAGCCAGGCUGUCGAGCUCCGGCAGCGCGGGUGGCGGCCCCGCGGCUCGACCUGCGAGGCGUGCGGAAAGCGUGUCUGGGGCCCGGGUGUCGCGGGGAAUGGGAUCUUUGAGGCGUGGGAGGAGAAACAGAGGAGGGUUAAGGAGGAGGAGGGUAGGAGGAGGAGGAGGAGGGCGGUGGUGCAGGAGCAGCAGCAGGGAGGUAAAGAGGGUGGGAUGGGGGCUGGGGCGGGGAAGGGGAAAGAUGUGAGCCUGACGCUGAGGACGGAGGGGGGGAGAGAUGAUGGUGAUAACAACGACAACGACGACGAUGAGGGUGAUCAUGAGGGGGUGCAGAAGCAGGAUCCGAGGGAGAGGCAGCAGCAGCAUGAUGGUGACGAGCCUGGGGUGUCGUCGGGCCAGCCUCCCAGGAAAAAGGAGCAAGCCAUGCUGGGACCUUUGGUUCUGCUGGCGUGCAGGCAUAUUUACCACCAGAGUUGUCUGGAAGCGACCAUGGCGAGGGAUGGGCAGGAUAAGGAUAAGGAGAGGGGGUACCGAUGUCCUGUUGACGGGUGAGGUUGGGAUAAGGUGAAGAGGAAGGUGUAUUGUGUUGUAUCUUUAGCGGGAAUUUAUGUAUUGUCUGUGUUAUCUCCCAUCGAGAUGAUCAAAGUGCUGAAAUCAGGCGGUGAAUGAGAAUUGUAAUUCCAGGAAGCUCAACUUGGAGAUGGG